AUGACAUUUAUAGCUGAUCAGCAGGAUAGUCCUAUAUUAGAAGAGCAUAUUGGUUUUACAUCUAAAAAGGAUAUUUUAGGAUGGUAUAGUUGUGGAUUUUCUAAUGAAGUUUUUUCUUCUGUUUCAAUAACUACUUUUAUUCCUGUGUUACUAGAGCAGCUUGUUCGGAGUUCGGGUGUUUUAUUAUCAGAUAAGAGUACACCGUGUCUAUUCCAUGAUUCUUUUUUUGCGUUUAAUUUGUUUCGGGUUGAUAAAAAAUCAAAUUUAUGUGUUAUUUAUAUUCAUGGGAUAGGAUGGAUAGAUAGUUAUAGUUUCUCAUUGUAUGUGUAUUCUAUAGCGUCAUUUUUUCAGGUCAUCGUUAUUAUUAGUAUUAGCAGUUUGGCAGAUUAUGGAAAGAAUCGUAAAAUGUUGUUUCUUGUUUUUUCAAUUAUUGGAGGUAUAUCGUCUAUUUCUUUCAUUUUCAUCAAUAGGAGAUAUCUUUUUGCCUCAUUUCUUUUUGUUCUAAGUAGUAUGUGUUUUAGUGCUUCUACUGUCCUUCUUAAUGCCUUCCUUCCCGGAUUGUGCAGAAAUCAUCCUUCAGUUUUAAAGGAGCGUAAGAUCUUAGACUCUCUUUGGCAAUCCUUAUCAGAUGAUGGUUUUGGAAAAGAAAAUGUUUCUAAAGGUAAUCAUAUUUAUCGUGAUUAUUUGAAGACAUAUGAUUUGCAUAUAUCCUCGUUGAUAUCAGAUUUAUCUUCAACUUUUUCAUCUCGAGGUAUUGCUAUAGGUUAUUUGGGUGCUAUUAUUUUUCAAAUUGUUUCAAUUAUGAUAAUUUUUGUUUUUGGUUCAGGAAUAAAGUCUUUUCAAAUAAUUAUUUGCGCAACAGGAUUAUGGUGGUUGGUUUUUACUAUUCCUGUUGCACUAUGGCUUAGGUCUCCUCUUUUACCUUCAUUGUCUAAAGGCAUAUUGGGAAAUUAUCCUGUUAUAGGAUAUAUUUUAUAUUCAUGGAAAUCUUUAAUUCAGACAUUUUUAGAUAUACGAAAAUACAAGAAAAUAAUGCUUUUUUUAAUUGCUUGGUUUUUUAUUUCGGAUGCAUAUUCCUCAAUUUCUUCUACAACUGUUCUUUUUGUGAAAUCUACUUUGCAUAUUUCUCCUCUUGGUUUUAUUAUAAUAACUUUUUUGUCUACAUUGUUUGGUGUAAUGGGCGCUUUUCUUUGGCCUUAUAUUGCUCGAAGUUUGAAUUUUUCUCUUUCCCAAGUCCUUGUUUUUAUUCUUUUUUUAUCACUUUUUAUACCAGUUUAUGGAAUUCUUGGUCUUUUUCCAAUUUCUUUAGGAUUAAAACGACCUAUAGAAAUAUACAUAUUAUCUAUGUUUUUCGGGUUCCUUUAUGGAGGAAUACAAGGAUAUUCUCGAGCUCUUUUUGGCAAAUUAUGUCCUGAAAAUUACGAGACUAGAUUUUAUGCAUUAUAUUCUAUUACUGAAAAAUCUAGUUCAUUUUUCGGCCCCGCUCUUGUUGGCUAUAUUUUUCAUUUCACACAUAAUAUGCGAUAUUCAUUCUUUUUUUUACUUAUGGUUAUGACAAUAUCUAUAUUUAUUUUGUUUCGAUCAAAAAUAUCUGAUAAAUAAUCUUCUAUAUCGU